AUGAAGACAGUCACAGUGCCAAUGCUUCUGACCCUGGCUUUUUACCUCAUACAAGAUGCUGUCAGUGGGAAUGAAAAUCAGGACCCAUGCAGUGAAUUCCGCGCACUGAUGAAAAGUGGGAAACUAUUCUGUUCCCAAGAUAAAAAACUUCAAAGCGCCGUUGAAGCCAAGUUCAUCAAUAAAUGUACCGCGUGUAAAAUGAUGUUGGAACAAGAAGCAAAAUUCCAAAAAAAGACUAGACGUCUAGCAAGAGCCACCAGAGCCACUGCCCCAGCAAAGCUGGAUUGUGAGGAUUUCAAGAAAGGAAGAAAAGAUGCGAAUUUUAUCUGUACAGGUGAUGCUUCUGCAGUUUGUGGCACAGAUGGGAAAACAUACCGCAGCAGAUGUGAGCUGUGUGCUGAGAAUGAGAAAAGCAAGAAACAAGUUGGCAUAAAAAGUGAAGGUGAAUGUGACAGCAACGCUCCAGAGGAUGUGUGCAGUGAUUUUCGGGCCUUUGUGGAAAAUGGACGGCUUGGAUGUACAAGGGAAAGUGAUCCAAUUCAAGGUCCUGAUGGGAGGACACAUGGCAAUCGGUGUGCGAUGUGUGCUGAGCUCUUUUUAAAAGAAGCUGAAGCAAAUGCCACACGUGAGAAAGAAAACAGAAUUCGGAGAGAUGUUGAGACGGAACUUUGCAAGGAAUUUGAAAACCAAGUGAGGAGUGGAAGACUUUUUUGUACCCGGGAAAGUGACCCGAUCCGUGGCCCUGAUGGCAAGAUUCAUGGCAACAAAUGUGCCCUGUGUGCUGAAAUGUUCAUGAAACGUUAUUCAGAAGAAAAAAGUAAAGUAGAGAAAACCCAGAGAGAUGCUGAAGAAAGAGCUAAAGCCAAGAAAGAAAUCGAGAAACGCUGUAGUGAAUUCCGGGAUCGUGCAAAGAAUGGAACACUUUUCUGUACCAGAGAAAAUGACCCUAUCCGUGGUCUAGACGGCAAAACACAUGGCAACUUGUGUUCCAUGUGCCAAGCUUUCUUUGAAGCAGAAGCAGAAGAAGAGAAGGCUGAAGCCGACAAAAGGAGCAAAAGGGGAUCUGAAAAGUCACCUUCAUAUGCGGAGCUUUGCAGUACAUACCGCAAGUCCAGGAAGAACGGGCAACUUUAUUGCACCAAAGAGAAUGACCCCGUCAAAGGCCCAGAUGGCAAAAUGCAUGGCAACACCUGCUCCAUGUGCCAAGCCUUUUUCAUUCAAGAAGACAAAGCAAGAGCAAAGACUAAAAGAGAAGCUGUAAAGGAAAGCUGUAAUGAAUUCCGGGACCAAGCAAAGGAUGGAAUCCUCAUGUGCACCAGGGAGAAUGCUCCUGUUGUUGGCCCAGAUGGCAAAAUGCAUACAAACAAGUGUGCCAUGUGUGCAGCUGUGUUCCAACUGGAAGAAGAAGAAAAGAAAAAGAACCAUGAGGAAGAGAAGGAAAGAGUUGAGACAGAGAAGGUGAAGAGAGAAACAGUACAGGAGCUAUGCAGUACAUUCCGUCCCCAUGUGAGGAAGGGCCAGCUCGCCUGCAGCACAGAGACUGAUGACCCCAUCAAGGGGCUAGACGGGAAAAUCUAUGGAAACAUCUGCUCCAUGUGUGAGGCCUUCUUCCAGCAAGAAGCAAAGGAAAAUGCAACUGGUUCCAGAACAAAGGCUAAAAGAGACAUUAAAAAGGUUAACUGCAGUGAAUUUAGGAGUCUUUUGGAAGAUGGAGAACUUUUCUGCACAAGAGAAAAUGAUCCUGUGCGGGGCCCAGAUGGCAAGACCCAUGGUAACAAGUGUGCCAUGUGCAAGGCCGUCUUUGAGAAAGAAAAUGAAGAAAGAAAGAAGAAAGAAGGGGAAAAUCAAAGAAUCACUUCAGGACAUAGACCCAGUGGUGAAAGAUGGAAUGUGAAGGAUGUAUGUGCUCAGUAUUGGGAAAGUAUGAAAAAUGGACAACUCAGCUGUACUCGGGAGAGUGACCCUGUUCGUGGUGCUGAUGGGAAAUCAUACAACAAUAAAUGUGUCAUGUGUAAAGAAUUACUGCAGAAAGAAAUAGAGGAAAAAAAUAAAUAUUCAGGUUCAAGAUCAAAUGGGACUGGAUCAGCAACAGGAAAGGACAUAUGUGAUCAGUUUAGAAGUCAAAUGAAAAAUGGCAAACUUCUCUGCACUCGGGAAAGUGACCCAACCCGUGGUCCAGAUGGCAAGACACAUGGCAAUAAGUGUGCUAUGUGUAAGGAAAGACUGGAAAGAGAAGCAGCUGAAAAGAAAAAGAAAGAGGAUGAAGACAAGAGAAACCCAGACAAAAACAGCGAGGACAAGGAGGACCGAUGCCAUGAAUUCCGGAGCAUGCAGCAAGAUGGAAAGCUUAUCUGCACUAGAGAAAAUGAUCCUAUUCGAGGCCCGGAUGGCAAGAUGCAUGUUAACAAGUGUGCCAUGUGUCAGAGCAUUUUUGAGCGAGAAGCCAAUGAAAGGAAAAGAAACAAAGAAGAAAAAUCCAGGUCUCGACCUUCAAAUGAUGCAAAGGAUCAGUGUGGAGACGUUCAGAACAAAGCAGAGGAUGCAAAGCUGAGCCAGCCUGGAAGGUCUUUUGCCUCCAUCGCCAUGAUCAGUGUAGAUGAAUGCAGUGAGUUUCGAAAGCUCAUGAGGGAUGACAAGCUCAUCUGUACACAAAAUGAUGAUAUGGUGGGUGAUGCGGACGCAACGUUCAACGAAAAUAAGUGCUCCAAGUGCAGAGAUGUCCUUGAAAAAGAAGCUAUGGAGAAGGCUGCACUUCAAGAAGAGUCACCACACAUUAGAGCUUCGAAAGAGGAAGGCAGUCUAGACCCUUUCAAAUGGUCUCUGGAUUCUGAUAUGUGCAAAUACUACCGAGUAUUGCCCAGGAUGGGUUAUCUUUGCCCAAAGAAUUUUCAGUUUGUCUGUGGUGAUGAUGGCCAAACAUACAACAACCCCUGCAUGCUCUGUCAUGAAAACCUGAUGCGUCAAACUAAUACACACAUACGGAGUAUAGGGAAGUGUGAGGAGACCAGCACCCCAGAACCUGCUGGCAUGCCCGCCUCUGAAAAAUGAUGCAAGGAUUGGUGAAAGACAAAGGGAAAAAAUUAUGCCCCGAUUCUGAACUGCCUACCUUUACCAUCUGCAUAUACAAAGCAUUCUUCAGAGCUUAUCUUUUUACUACAGAAUAAAUGCAGAGCUUUGGGGAUUGGAUUCACUGAUUUUCAGUCUUUCCAUCUCUUUCCUCUAGACUCUGUGAUCUGAGACAUAGAGAAAUCUUUACUUAGUCUGUGAUCUGGAAACCUGAUCAUAAUGCUGUCUGUCCAACUGCCUGUUUAAUAAAAGAGAAACUUCGCAGAACAUCCUUUUGGGAUUUGUUUCUCACUAAUAGAUAUUAGGAAUAGUUUUUUUAAAAAAUAGAAGGUGCAUAAACUGUGCCCUUUUGUAUUGCUAAGCCCACCUGUAGACAAGUUGCUGUCAUAGUGGGAAAAGAAUGUUUAGAAGAGAGGUGGGGAAGUAUGGGCACCUAGGCAACCAGGAUGUAUGUAAAGCUACCUAGCACCAUACCCUACCUAGUUUCUGUAUUUCCAUAAAUACCAUAACUAUGCCUCAAUUAUGUCACCCCCAUAAAUGGCACAAAAUUGUAAUUUCUUAGAUCUAAUUAUUUGCCUCUUGAAACACAAGGGAACGACUAAGGAAAUGAAUUCUCAAUAUGUGUAAGUCUCCAGAGUUGCACUGUCCAUCAGAAGUAUUGUACAAGUCAAAUAUAUAUAUGUAUAAUUAAAAUGCCAUAAUUAUAUAUAAUUUAUUUUUUCUUUAGUAACAAAACAAAUGAGUAAAAUGAAUUCUAGUAAUUUAUAUAGCCCAAUAUAUCUGUUACUAAUUUAACUAGUAUCGAUGUUUUAUUUAAUGAAUCUCCGAUACUGAUGAGUAUUUUUCAUUUUCAGUACUUUUCAAUUUGAACCAGCCAUAUUUCCAGUGUUCAUUGACUACAUGUAAAUGGAGGUGGUUGUACUAGACCAUGUAUCUGUAUUAUGAGAUGAUAGAAUAGGAAACCUGAGGAAGAAGUCAAAUAUUAGAUAGAGAUGGGAUGAAGCAAGUUGUGGCUCUGGGCUCCAUCCUAAAACUAUGCUAUUCUCAGAACCUAGUUAGUGGUAUUCUGUGAUAAUGACAGGUAUCAGGUUCACUUGGAGAUUCUAAACUGAAGUGAAAGAGAUUCCAGAGGGAGAAAGCAAACAGAGACCCUGUCAUGCCUCCAGCCACCCUCAGCUACAAAGGAACUGCACCUGGGAUGAUUCACCUUCUUGGAUUUGGGAAGUUAAUUUUGUAUUUUUCCUCAGCUCUUUUGUUUUAUAAAUAAAUCUCAAC